AUGAUGAGCAUGAAGAAGGAGGCGUCCUCGCUGUCCGAGCUCGGCUUCGACGUGAACUUCGGCGCCGGCUUCUUCCGCCAGGUGCCAUCAUCCGUCUACGACAAUGGAGAAGGGACCCAGCGCCAGCGGCGACCCACCAAGGUCUCGGUCAUCGGCGCGGGAGACGUGGGCAUGGCCAUCGCGCAGACGAUCCUCACGCAGGGCCUCGCCGACGAGAUCGCCCUCGUGGACGCCGACGCCGCCAGGGUCCGCGGCGAGAUGUUGGACCUGCAGCACGCCGCGGCAUUCCUCCCGCGCGUCCGCAUCGUCGCCGGCACCGACGUCCUCGCGCUCACCAGAGGCUCCGACCUGGCCAUCGUCACGCUGCCCGGGGCGCGCCCAGUGGGCCACCGUGGCGUGGAGCUGCUGCGGAAGAACGUGGCCGUGCUGCGGGAGAUCGUGCCGGCGGUGGCGGAGGGGUCCCCGGAGUCGCUGCUGCUGGUCGUGUCGAACCCCGUGGACGUGCUCGCAUACGCGGCGUGGAAGCUGUCGGGGUUCCCGGCGAGCCGCGUGAUCGGCUCCGGCACCAACCUUGACUCCUCCAGGCUUCGGCGCCUCCUCGCCGACCACCUCGGCGUGGGCGCGCAGGACGUGCAUGCGUACAUGGUCGGCGAGCACGGUGGCAGCGCGGUGGCGCUGUGGUCGAGCAUCAGCGUCGGCGGCAUGCCGGUGCUGACCUACCUCCAGAAGACCCACGCGUCGUCUUCUUCGUCCUUCGACGGGGAGGCCCUGGAGGGGAUCCGGCGGGCCGUGGUGGGCGGCGCACGCGAGGUGAUCGGGCUGAAGGGGUAUGCGUCGUGGGCCAUUGGCUACUCGGUGGCCAGCCUUGCCCGGUCGCUCCUCCGUGACCAGCGGCGCGUCCACCCGGUCUCUGUGCUCGCUAAGGGCUUCAUCCCCGGCGACGAUCACCAGGUCUUCCUCAGCCUCCCAGCAAGGCUCGGCAGGGGCGGCGUGCUUGGGGUCGCGGCGGAGCUGGAGCUCACCGCCGACGAAGAAAGCACGCUCCGUCGGUCGGCGGAGACGCUCUGGGAACAUUGUCAGGCGCUCGGGAUAUAG